AGAGAAUUGAAACAAAUUUUUCUCGAAAUCUGAAGGCACUACCUAGAUUAGAGCUAAUGUCUUAAGUAGCGGAACAUGUUAUUACUCCAGCCUCAUGAAAGUGACACGUUUUCAUUUUCGUCAAAAACAACUUUAUAUCGAAGGAGUGUCUUUUUGAUGGCAUGCACAAGCACAUUUCGCCGAGACGACCUUUAGACCCGGUGAACGUGUUUCUGCGCACGCGCCUAGCUAACCAACGUCGCAAUGACGUCGCCUACAACUUGAUCAGGGAGAAGCAGGGAUAAACCAGAGUCAAGAAGAUGGCUGACACAGAGCAAACAAGUGCUCCUCCCCCCCCUCAAUUAGGGACAGUGCAAUUCAUGUUGGCUAACAAACUAGAGACGGCAAUGUGGCUCUCGCGGCUCUUCACCGUCUAUUGCUCAGUAAUGUUCAUUCUACCUCUCUUAGGACCUCAGGCGGCUGCCAAUUUCUAUCAGCGUGCGCUGCUGGCCAACGCACUCACUAGUGCUCUGCGGCUACACCAGCGGCUUCCUCACUUCCAGCUCAGCAGAGCCUUCCUAGCCCAGGCACUCCAAGAGGACAGCUGUCACUACCUGCUAUACUCCCUCAUCCUGGUCAACUCUUACCCCAUUACAAUGAGCAUAUUCCCAGUCUUCCUCUUCUCAUUGCUUCAUGCAACCACCUACACAAAGAAGGUUCUUGAUGCAAUGGGCCCCAAUAGCCUUCUCUUCAUGAGGAACUUCCUCAACAAGCUCUCGGCCAACCAGCAGAACAUCCUGAAGUUCAUCGCCUGCAAUGAGAUCUUCCUCAUGCCAGCCACCAUAUUCAUGCUCUUCAGUGGCCAGGGAAGCUUGCUGCAGCCUUUCAUUUACUACAGGUUUCUAACUCUCCGCUAUACAUCAAGGAGAAACCCAUAUUGCCGCACCCUGUUCUCAGAGCUGCGGAUUCUGCUGGAACAUUUCGUCAUGAAGCCUGCCUGCCCCGCCUUCUUCAGAAAGAUGUGCCUCAACAGUAUCUCCUUUAUGAGCCGCCUGGCCCCCACCGCAGUGUGAUCUUACUUCCUGUUCCCACACAACCAUAGUUUGUACUGUAAGGGGCGUGGCAGCAUUUCAACUCGAGCGGGAUGGACGAACAACAACUUUGAGACCAAGGGAAAAAAACAUUUGAAUGUUAGUCUGGUCUGUCUUCCUGCUGCUCUGUUCAUACGCUACAGCGGAGGCUGAGACUCGGACUGUGACGCACUGAAAACUGAUUGUUUUCAAUAUGGCUUUAUGGAACAGCCGAACACUCACUCCCCCUUUUCUCUCUCGCUCUCUGGGAAUAAACACCAGCUGACUAUUUGAUGUGUUCUACUUCUAAGGAUUGACCCUGUGAUGGUUAAAUGUCUUUGUCAUGUAAAAUACUUGUUCUUAUCUUUAAAUAAAAUACUAACUUCUGAGAUUAGAUAGUUCAAUUGUA